AUGGAUUUGCAAGCUUUAAGAAGAUUACAAGUUACACAUAAUCAUAUAAUAGAGUCAUCAGAUACAUCAUCGUCGUCCGAUGCGUUAGAAUCAAACGAUGUCUGUGGUAUCAUUGGAUUCAUUGGAAAGGAGGAAGCCAUCAAUUAUUUGAUUGAAGGUCUCUCUAUUCUUGAAAACAGAGGAUAUGACUCUGCUGGUGUCACCACUAUUUCACCAUCAAACGAGUUGGUCACCUCUAAAUACGCAAGUUUAAAUACAACCAGUGAUGCAAUUUCAAGAUUGAAAUCAGUUACGCAUUUACAUAAAGGACAUGUCAUUGGUAUUGCACAUACAAGAUGGGCUACACAUGGUGGAAAAACCGAUAAGAACGCACAUCCACACCACGACGAUAAGAAUAGAGUUGCUGUUGUACAUAAUGGUGUCAUUGAAAAUAGCUCAAACUUGCGUGAAAUGCUUGAAAAGAAAGGUGUUGUAUUCAGAUCAGAGACUGAUACUGAAGUUAUUGCUCAACUUAUUGGUAUGUUUUUAGAUCAAGGAUUCUCUACUAUCGAUGCUGUUAAAGAGACACAGAAACAAUUACAAGGUACAUGGGGUGUUGCUGUCGUUAGCAAAGAGGCACCAGAUCAAAUCAUUGCACUAAAGAAUGGUAGUCCUUUGUUGAUUGGUAUCGGAAAAGAUAGAAUGUUUAUUGCGUCAGAGGCAGGUGCCUUUGCCCGUCACACUAAAGAGUUCAUCUCAAUGGAGAAUGGUGAGAUUGCUGUUUUGAGAGCUGACGGUCACUCACUUGAUCUCUCUCGUAUAGAGUUGGCUGCCCACGAGCAGAUCCAGUUGUCACCAGAGCCAUACCCUCAUUGGACUAUCAAGGAGAUCAUGGAGCAACCAAUGUCCAUCUCGAGAGCACUCAAUUACGGUGGUCGUAUCUUUGAUGAUUCACGUGUCAAACUUGGUGGUCUUGAAGAGGCUAAAGAGCUAUUGCUACCAAUCAAAAACUUGAUUAUCACUGGCUGCGGAACCAGUUACUUUGCUGGCCAACUCGGUGCAAAGAUUAUGAGAUACCUAGGUGCAUUCGACACUAUCCAGGUUAUCGAUGCUGCAGAGGUUAGUCGUGACAGUCUGCCACACACCAAUGCCGGUAUCCUCAUGAUCUCGCAAAGCGGUGAAACAAAGGACGUUCAUCGUGUCAUGUCAUUGGCAGGUGAGUGUAAUACUCCAUGCUUCUCAGUUGUCAAUGCAGUAGGAUCUCUGAUUGCUCGUGGUGCAAUCUGUGGUGUCUAUUUGAAUGCCGGUCGUGAACAUGCAGUCGCCUCUACCAAGGCAUUCACCUCUCAGGUCACAGUAUUGUCAUUGAUUGCCAAUUGGUUCGCACAACACCGUGGACUCGAAGAAGGAAAGCGUCGUCAUCUCAUUGAGUCAUUGCAUCGUCUACCAACCAAUCUUGGAAUGGCGCUGAGAGUGCGCGACCAAUGCCACCGUAUUGCACAGAAGCUCUACAAGAAGCAAUCAAUGUUUGUCUUGGGUAAGGGUCUCUCUGAGCCAAUUGCAUACGAAGGUGCACUCAAGAUCAAGGAGAUCACCUAUAUCCACGCUGAGGGAUACAGUGGAGGUGCACUCAAACACGGUCCAUUUGCAUUGAUCGAACAGGGUACACCAAUCAUUUUAAUAGUUUUGGAUGAUGCACACGCCCAACUCAUGAGAAUUGCUGCAGAGGAAGUCAAAGCACGUGGUGCAUACACAAUCAUCAUCACCAACAAUCAAACAUUGGCAAAACACAUUGCCGAUGACACCAUUCUCAUCCCAAGCAACGGUGUACUAACCUCACUCUUGGCUGCCAUCCCAUUGCAAUUGAUUGCCUAUGAAGUUGCAUGUCUCAAAGGUAUUGAUCCAGAUCGUCCAAAGAAUUUGGCUAAAGCUGUAACAACUGAUUGA